GGAUCAUGAAGAAGAAGAGCGGCGCGUCGAUGGUGCGCGUGCGUCAGUACAACAAGCGAUACUUUACCAUCGAUUUCGACGCGCGCGUCUUCUUCUAUGCGCACAGCGCUACCACCAAGAAGGUGAAUGCGGUGGUCCCGUUCGCCGACAUCGCCGACGUAAGCAGACCCGAGGCGAACGUGGACCCCCAGGAGUCGGCGCGCCUCUCGGAAACGAGCUCGCAGACCAGCAGGACUAGCCGAGUGUCCCUCAUCCGGCGGCUGAGCUCCUCCAAGCUCUUGCUCGGAAAGGGCGACGAGGAGAAGGAGAACAAGGGCCAGCAGUCGCUGACCGUCAGCCUCCGGUCCUCCAGAUCCAUGGAGCUUACGU